AGCGUUUGCAUUCCUUUUCUUUGCUCAUUAUCCACUGGUUCUUGCUUCUUUACUGAAGGAUGGCUAUGUAUUAUUCAUUAGGAGGUAUUGUGUUUCUAACCCUAUUGUGCUUCCCUACAGCAAGUGAACCCGAUGUAGAGCCGUCAUGUUCAAAAUUCAAGUAUGACAAACAAAUGUUGGAGGCAAUGGUCAGAACGGAAGCUAAAAUGAAUCAGUGGAAUAAUGAAAAGGAAAACUUUGAAGAAAAUAUGUUAUCUGUAAUGGAACAUCGGAAGGUGGAAAUGAAACGAGAAUUUGCGAAACAAAAUCAACAAUUUGGUAAAAUGCUUGAUGACUACAAGAAGAUCCGUGAAGAACUCAAUGACAAAACUGUUCAGCUGGAAAAGCUUGCUGGUAAUUUCACAAAAACACCAAAGAUAGCAUUCAACGCACGUACAAGGUACGGUAGAAGUUAUGUCGUCGAUCAAACUAUGAUCUUCCCUGAGGUUUUACUUAACGAAGGUGGUGGUUAUGACAAAGUCACUGGAAUUUUCACAGCACCUGUGGCUGGUCUGUACCAAUUCAAUGCUCACAUAUGUCAUGCCACGGCAAAGUAUGUGGUCGUAGCUAUUGUUCAUAUGGAUACUGAAGUUGCUAUGACAACAGGAUAUGAAAACGAUGCAAGCAGCUGCGGCUCAGCAAUGGCUCCUGUAAAGAUGGAGAUAAGUGACCACGUGUACGUGAAAGUUACAUACCCGAGUACGCUGUACGCUGAUUCCAAGUAUCGAUGGCCAUCUUUCACGGGCGUUCUUUUGAAUAUUUGAAUACAUUUUUUUGACUCAAUAUUUUUAGCGUCGCACGCUUCUUUGUCUACUUUAUCAGUUAUCAGCGAAUAUUUUGCAUUUUAAUAAUAACUAUGUUUUGGUUAUUAUAAUUAUAACAUUAUCGUACUAUUGUACUAAUAACCUUACUUUCUGUUGACUUAUUAUGUGCAAAUACACAUAAAAAUGCUAUUUAUUAAUUAAAACCUUUGUAUAAGAUUUUGAAUAAAUUGGACAUUAAUAAUAUGUAUGCGGGUCUUGACAAAAAUUAGAUAUACAUAGUUGUACCAUGUUUACAAUUUUUCUACUUAAUAUGCAGAGCGAAUACAGCAUUAAAGGUCCCGACGAUCUAAAAUGAAAAUAAGUUAAUGUCUAUGCAUCAGUUUUUCUUUUUUUGUUUGGGUUUAACGGCACGCUUAUACAUAACAGACCAUACCCGGCCGGAUACUAACAUUGUUAAAAUGAUAUAAUUCAACAAAUAAAAAGGGUGUUAGUACAAGA